GCAGCGCGUGCACGCGUGCGCAGUGCGCGGGCGGGCCGUCGUGGGCGCCGCUCCCGGCAGCUGGGUGCCUGAAGGAGCCGGGACCGCGGUGGCGCGGGUACUCCGGGCGGAGGCCGCGUGUAAUGUUCAAGCCCAGAAAUGCCUUAUGUGGAUCGACAGAAUCGCAUCUGUGGUUUUCUAGACAUUGAAGAAAAUGAGAACAGCGGGAAAUUUCUUCGACGGUAUUUCAUCUUGGAUACCAGAGAAGACAGCUUUGUAUGGUACAUGGAUAAUCCACAGAACCUGCCUUCAGGAUCAUCACGGGUUGGAGCCAUUAAACUUACCUACAUUUCAAAGGUUAGCGAUGCAACUAAGUUAAGGCCAAAGGCAGAGUUUUGUUUUGUUAUGAAUGCAGGAAUGAGAAAAUACUUUCUACAAGCUAAUGAUCAGCAGGACUUAGUGGAGUGGGUAAAUGUCUUGAACAAAGCUAUAAAAAUUACAGUACCAAAGCAGUCAGACACACAGCCGGCCUCUGACAACCUGAGUCGCCAAGGUGACUGUGGCAAGAAACAAGUGUCAUACAGAACUGACAUUGUUGGUGGUGUGCCCAUCAUCACACCAACGCAGAAAGAAGAAGUAAACGAAUGUGGUGAGAGUGUUGACAGAAACAAUUUGAAACGGUCACAAAGCCAUCUUCCUUACUUUGCUCCCAAGCCACCUCCAGACAGUGCCGUUAUCAAAGCUGGGUACUGUGUGAAACAAGGAGCUGUGAUGAAAAACUGGAAGAGAAGAUAUUUUCAAUUGGAUGAAAACACAAUAGGCUACUUCAAAUCUGAACUGGAAAAGGAACCUUUGCGGGUAAUACCACUUAAAGAAGUUCAUAAAGUCCAAGAGUGCAAGCAAAGUGACAUAAUGAUGAGGGACAACCUGUUUGAAAUCGUGACGACAUCUCGGACUUUUUAUGUGCAGGCUGAUAGCCCUGAAGAGAUGCACAGCUGGAUUAAAGCAGUCUCUGGCGCCAUCGUAGCACAGCGGGGACCUGGCAGAUCAUCGGCUUCUGAGCAUUCCGGCUGGCCUUCAGAACCCAAAUGCACUGUCCGUCCUGCCGGGGCCGCAGCCGCCUCACAUUCCGCAGCCUCUCGCAGCCGCUCUCUGGUCUCAGGCUGUGCCGUGGAGAAGCGAGGAGUUUACCAAUCUCUUGCCAAGGUCAAGCCAGGGAACUUCAAGAUCCAGACUGUCUCUCCAAGAGAGCCAGCUUCCAAAGUGACUGAACAGGCUCUGCUCAGACCUCAGAGUCAAAAUGGCCCUCAGGGAGAAGAUGGCGAGCCAGUGGACUUAGAUGACGCCAGCCUGCCAGUCAGCGAUGUGUGAGGUGGGAGCAAGUGUGCUGCCUGCGCCACUCACCCUCAGUGUCCUUCCAUGAGGCUUCUCGCCAAAGAUGAGAGAGGGUGAAUGAUCUCAGUGCAUAUGUUAGACUGCCUCUCGGGUGGACUCUGUUAGCUGGCAAACCAAGACUCUAGGGAGUGGCCAGGUUAACAUAAUUUCUUUAAGAAAGGAUGGGAAAAAAGCUGUGUCCAUAUUGACUGUCUGAAGCUUUACAUGUUUGGGUGGUAAAAAUGUGUGUGAUUUUUUUCUUAAUGACUUUGAAAUUUUAAAUAACAAUUUAAAACAUUAAAAUUUCUUAUUAUCUUGGUCAUUUAAACAUGCUAAUAUGACUCCCUAUGAAAUAUUCAAUAUUUACACAUUCUUACUAGCUAACAUUAUCAAGUGGGACAUUCCCAGACAAAAAUUCCUAAACUCAUUGAUGUCUGUGGUGCUGCAGAAUUUUUAUCUCAAUGUGGAGUAUUUAGAAAUUCUAGCCAUUUAUGAUAUUCUGGCUGUCCAGGUGAGUGGAAAAUUUUGCAUAGAUUUGACUAGACUAUUGGUGCAGGUGGCAGUUGAACAGGACGAGCAGAUGAGGGAGACUAGAGGUCAGCUAUAGCUAAGAUUAUUUUUUUGUGAGGAGGGGACUUUUUUUAUUUUUAUUUUGGAGAUUGGAUUUCUUGGUGUAGCCAUGGUUGUCUUGGAACUAGCUCUGAAGACCAGGCUGCCCUUGAACUUACGAUGAUCCUUCUGCCUCUGUUGCCUCCCAAAUUAUAGGGCUGUGUCACCAACUUGCAGUCUGAGACUCUUGUUUUAAAAAGCUCACUAUUUUAUUUUAAGUAAAAUUAUUUGGACAUACGUUUUGGGAAGAACUGAUUUUUUUUUUUUUUAAUCAAAGUUUUGUAAAUAGAUCUUAUUUCUGAAUUUGGAUCAGUGAAAGACCUCAGUUCACAUGCUAAGUCAAAAUGGCCCCCAGUCAUGAACUUGUGGCCUCUCCCUUGUCAUCAAUAGUAACCUAUACUCAAGUGCCUGAGUCUUCUCAUCUCACUUAGGAUUAUACCCCAAAGUCCUACAUGAUUGGCUUUAAAUGUCCGAGUAAAUUAAUUUCAGUAGCAUAGUUUGAUAUGUUAAAUAAGAUAGCAUUUUAUAUCAGAGACACCAGAAUGUUGGUGUUCAACUACUUGUGCAAUAUUUAUGUCUUGAAAACCAGAUCUGAGUAUGCAUUGAACGGUGGGGAUAAAUAGAAGCACCUUUCUGAAGAACCCAGUUUCCGGUGUUGAGUGAUAGACUAGUUUGAGAAAGUACUGUUUUGUGGCAACAUCUUAAGUGUUUGCAUUCCCCAGGCUGCUGCUCUGUGGUAUUUCCAGUCUCAGACGUGUGUUUUGGAGUCAUGGUGUUAGUGUUUUGCCUUUUUAUGUUCUACGACUACUUGUCGGAGGAUGAAAGAUUUGCUACAGUGCUCUAGGGUUAAGAUGUACUGUUUAGUUGCUCAGCACAAGAACGUACCACUCACCUUUUGUAUUCAUAAGCUAAUAUGUUAGUUCUAUGUAGUUUUCUCUUGUGCACCCGCAUUAGGAAACCAUAGGACAACACGUUGAGCAGGUACCACCCUUCUGCCGCAUCCAUCAUCCAGGCUCUCUUACAAGUUCCUUUUUCAUGAACAUACCUAGGGACCCUUGUACAGACUCUGGCAGUGUUGAUGAGCCUGGCACUGUUGCUUUGGUACAGCCUCCACAGUGAGCAUUUAUUUUAUCAUAUUUUGGUAUUGGUAAUUUGAUAUAUUUCAUGGUGGUAAAAUAUUAGCUCUAUUUUGGGACUUUUUAUAGAAUUACAUUUAUUCAAAAGCAUAGGAAUAUGUUCUUGUGAUUAUCAGGAUCUCCUAAUAUUUAUCUCAAUUCUUUUGUAAGCUUGUGGAAAUUAUUUAAUUAUUUUAAAGCAUAUUUUCUUGUAAAUACGUCUUACCGGAAGUGUCAGCAGUUACUUUGAAUACCGUACUAUUUGCUGCAUUUUUUUCUGUGUGUAUAAAGUAUCUCCUUUCAGAACAGGAAUGUGCCUCCUAAUGUUUACUGUUACACUGCUAUCUUUGUAUGUCCAGUUGGUUGAACACUGUUAUGACUUGAGAAUAAACUGCUCAGAAUUCAUUUUCACUCAA